AUGGGGGAGAGGGCCCAGCGACCCUGGCCAAGGCCAACACAUGGCAAGAGCAUCUGGUCCGGCCCUGGCGGCAGCUGGAGAGUUCCCGGGGCUCCAGCAGCCACGCUGAGCUCUGCCGCCAGCGGGGCGGUGGCCGGCAGGGGUGCCCGGAGACCCCGCGCGGCCCAGAGAUGCCCACGGACCCAUCCCCCGCGCAGUCCUCCAGGGGAGGGGACCCCAUUGUACGCCGCGGGCGAUGGGCAGGCACCGGCGCGGGGUGCUGGCGCACUCACUUCCACUCUGCCAGUUCCCCCUCUUCGGGGCUCCGACCCCAUCCUGGGGGCGCGGACCGGGAACCCCCACCCCGGACCACUCGCGGUGCCUGCCUCCCUCCGCUCCCUGCCAAACUUUCCAGCCCCGACUGCGCUCCGGGCCUCCCCACCCCCCGGCCGGCGCCCCUCCACCCGGUGCCGAGCAAGGCCAGGCCGACGCGCAGAGGGGUGCCCGGGCCGGGGGCGGCGAGCGCGCGUGGGCAGCCCCCCGGCCCUGGGCGGCGCUCGCCGGGCUGGCUACAAAGCCUCGGCAAGAUGGUCCCUUCGCCUCCUCCUGGCACAGUCAAUCAGCGCCCGCCGCUCCCGGGCGCCCGCGGGGCCCGCGCCUCCCGGCGCGGCCGGACACACCUCCCCGCGGCCACCUGCGCCCGGCGCGAGCCCCGGGGCAAACUUUGCGGGGCCGCGGGGCGGAGGUGGGCGCCGGCGGCCGCCAGUGCCCGGCCGCUCCCCGCCCCCACCGCCCGGCCGCCCGCCCGCCCGCUCACCUUCCACGGCGGCGAGCAGCGGCAACAGCAGCAGCGCGGCCCCCAGCCUCCGCAGGGCCAUGGCUGCGCUUCCCGGGGCCUCGGGCCGCGGCGCCGCGGGGCCCGGGCGGCCCGGGCGGGAGCGCGCGCCCCGGGCUCGGGGGGCCGGGGGGGAGCGGCGAGGCGCGGCGCACACACAGCCGCCGCCACCGCGCAGCCAGCAGAAUGAGCCAUCCAGCCCGGGCAGAACGGGGACCCGGGCUCCGCCAGCGCUGGGCGCGGCCCACCUGAGCCGCGAGCGCGGGGGGAGCCCAGCCCGGCCGCGGGCCCCCGCGCGCGCCCCGGCAGCCCCGCCGGCCCGCGCGCGCCCCCGGAGCCCCCAGCCCCUGGCGUCCGCGGGGGCCCCCCGGGGGCCGCGCGCGCGCCGGAGCGCAGAGACGCCCCGUGCCCCGGCCACCGAGAGCCCCGGCUCCCCCCGCGCAGCAGUGGUCUCUCCCGGCGCUGUGGCUCCUCCAGAUAAAGCAGCGAUUUCAGCCCAAAUGUUUCUGAAUUUUUAUUGA